AUGACACUGACAGAAGAGACAACAUAUAUACCGUCCAUGCAUAGCAGCAAAGCUGACAUUGACCCUGAAAAUCACUGGGACAUCAAUGACAAUGUCCUUCCUAUGCUCGAAAAGUUGGAAGAAUUUCAAGAAUGGCCUGACGGUAACUGCCGUCAUGUCUACAGUCACGAUACCGAAGACGCCAGACGCCAUGUGAGCGGAUGGGCAAUGCGUAAUACGAAUAAUCAUAAUGCCAUGAUACUGAAAAAGUCAUGUCUGGGUGUUCUAGUGUGCAGCCAUGAUUGCUGCGGAGCCGAAGGGGAGAAAAUACAUCUUAGACCUGCGAUCUGUGACAAGGCAAGAAGAAAACAAAUCGGAAAAAUGUGCCCAAAUCCAACCUGUUCCGGUGUUCUAGAUCUUUUACCAUGCAGGGGCCACAGCGGCUAUCCGGUGACACACUUCUGGCGCCAUUACCGCGGUGCUAUUUACUUCCAGGCUAAAGGUGUCCAUGAUCACCCAAAACCUGAACUGAAGGCAUCGGCAGAAGCACGAAGACAUCAAAGAUCACUUCGCAGUCAAAGGCUUGGGGAUGUAAGCCCAUUUUAA